CAUUGAUAUUCAACUCAUUCUACGCCAAGACUUCACCGCCUACUCAUGAACCACCAAAGGCAAUCGCAAAGAAGAAGAUAACAACAUUUACACCAUCGACCAUACCAGUGACAGUCGUCCCCGAAUCGCCGACAACAACGGCACCGGCAUCAACUGGGUCGGCCGCCGCCACAGCUGGAAACGCCGCAUCAGCCGGCAACAGCAGCAGUAGCAGCAGCAAGGAUAAAAACAAGAAUAGAUCAAAGGAUGGCAAGGACAAGAAGAAGGACAAGCUAUCAGUGUCCACCGAUAAGACUCCGACCAACGCCAAGAAACCCAGCAGGCCCAAGAGGCCCAAGAACCCCUCAUCUCUCAGCUUGUCUCAGUCUGGUGGAGCGGGACGAGGUGAGAAGAGGAUACAUCCAAAGUACUCGCUGCUGUACUGCCCCGAGAUUCAGGCACUCAAGGAUCGAAUGGAGACUAUCGCAUGCGAGUCUGGCCUGUCUGGCGUGUCAAGACAGUCGGUGAUCUAUAUGAUGAUGGCACUGGAGCAACACAUUCGCGAUAUACUUUACAACAGUCUGCCAAUGCAUCAAUGGCAGCCUGAUGAUGCACUGACAGAUGCCGAUGGAGCCAGCAUUGUUCCGGCCAAUCAAUCACCGCCACCAUUCUAUCUUGCCUACCAAUACGAUCACUAUGGCGAGAUGGAGGCUAACAACCAAGUCGUUCCUAUCAAAUCCAGGAAACCAUCGACAUCACAACUUACCCUCAAGUCUUCAUCAUCGUCGAUUCAUGGUCAUGGUCAUGGUCUUGGUCAUAGCAAUGAUUCAUCAUCGCCACAAUCAAACAUCAAUGGCAGUGGCAGUGGCGACAAUGUGGACACAAACAACAUCAAUGGCAAUGGCGGUGGUGGUGGCGACCAUGAUGAACCUGUCAGUGAAUCAAUGGAUGUGGACACCAACAACAACAACAAUACAUCACAAACGCCGACAACAUCAACUUCAACAUCUACAUCAACAACAACGGCAACAUCAUCAGCCACUCCACCUUCCACAUCCACUCCACCAGUUACCAGCACCAACAGCAACAACAAGUUGACCAAUCCAAAUUACUUCCUCUCAAAGAAUCCAUUGUUAUCAUUUAGUGUACCAGUUUAUAAGAUACCAGAGAAUAUAUUCGGUACUGCAGUUGUGGACACUGCAAUGACCAACACUUCCAACCAGCAGCACAGCCUCACCAUCCAAGACCUGUACACUACAAUCGAGAACAAUCCAUAUAUACUCGGUGAGGACACACUUAACUUUGAGCGAAUAAACCUCUCAAGGUUCAGGUAG